AUGUCACUUACACAUUUACGAGCUUCAUCAUCUACUACUACUACCUCAAAAUUAAAUAAUCACCUUCAUGCACCUAUAGCAUCUUCUUCAUCAACUUCAUCACUUGCAAGUACGAGUUCAAUUAUAAAUCCCAACUCAAGUCCAAAUUCACAUUCAAAUUCGAAGCCUAAAGGAUUGAAGAAACUCCGUCCAUGGAGCUUGGCAGCUCAUGCACGAAGAAAGACAGGUUGGAAUACAUCGAAUGAUAUAGGCGAUGAACGUGGACAAGAACAGGAAAUUAUACGAGAUGACUUUCCUGAAGGUAAUGAUAUCGGUCGAGGCGAAUCAUUAUAUACGAAUGGCAAUGCCAACACUAGAAUAAGGAUUGCUCCAGAUCAAUCACCGAGAAGAUCAAGUGAUACAACUCGGAAUCUCAAUCCCAAUAUUCAGAUAGGAUCAUCGAGGAGUGAAGGUGAACAGGAAAUUCAUGAUUGGGAUGAGGAAGAAGAAGAUGAAGAUGAAAGAAUAGAUGGAUAUAGUUGGAUUGAUCCGAGUUUCAUAGGCACAGAAAGAUUUAGAGAUACUCCUGCUGCUUCACGCCCCGAUCUGACACAAUCAUAUCCUCAAAGUCCCAACGAGACAUCACGAAAUACUUCACCAGGGAACGAAAUUGCUGAAUUGCUUGAAACACCAUCAGUCCACCCUUCACCACCCGCUCAAUUACUUCCAGAGAAUUCUUAUGCUCUUCUUUUGGCAUAUCAAAAUACGGAUUCAGGACAUACCAAAACACCUUCAUCCAAUUCUCAUGGAAAUGGAAAUGGAAAUAUAGAUGGAAAUGGAAAUAGAAUGCCACUUUCACCGACUUUACCUGGUGUAUCGACCCCUUCAGAACGGGGUAAUACAAGAGAUCCUAAUCCCGAAUGGUAUGAACUUGUCGAUCAUACAUUGAGUGAUUCGUUGAGUAAAGAUGAAUUGAAAAGACAGGGUUUAUGGUGGGAGAUGAUUAAAGGUGAAAGAGAGUAUGUGAGGGAUAUGAAGAUCGUCUGUGAUGUGUUUAUCCAACCUCUACGCGACCACGAGCCUCCUCUGCUGGCUCCCGAGUCGCGUCUCAACGCUUUCGUAGCAGAAGUUUUCAGUACCGCUCAACAGAUCUACCAUGCUCACGUCAGAUUGCUGGGCAGAUUGAUGGAAAGACAAAGGCACGAAUGGCCAUUGAUGACAACGGCUACAGAUAUCAUUCUUGGUAUUCUCCUCGAAAUCGUGGACCUGUAUGAGUCUUACAUGAAGAAUUACCCCUUCGCUGAAGCGAGAGUGCGCCGAGAACAAGAACGUAGUCCACCUUUCAGGACUUUCUUGUCGGAAAGAAAUAGUUAUGACCUUACGAGGAGAAGGGAUAUCUCCGUCUUCCUUUCUCGACCGGUUACUAGAUUACCUAGAAUCUUACUUGUCCUCGAAGCGUUAUAUAAAGUAACUCCACCUGAUCAUCCUGAUAAAGAAGAUAUACCUGCAGCAAUGGAGAUCCUUCAUGGUGUUGUAAGAUCAACUCAACCAGGAAUCGAAAGUGCAGAGAACAAAAUCAGACUGUGGAAUACAGCCGAGAGGUUACUGUUCAAGAAGGGAGAAAUCAUUGAGCUUGAUAUCGCCGACCCUAAACGAACCUUGGUACAUAUGGGAUAUGUUUUCAGGCGAGUGAGAAGCGAGACUAAUUGGCAUGGAUGGCAGGAUCUACGUGCUAUCCUGCUAGACAACUACUUCCUUCUGACUCGAGAUGAAGAGAAUGGGAAACACGUCGUUGUUUCGAGACCAAUACAUCUCGAUUUCCUCAACCUUAUAUCCGCGGAUGGUGUGCCCGAAAGGAGAUAUGAUAGUGUCUCUAGGUACCAACGAAAACCAGGUGGUCAUAUGCUCGAACCAGUCUUCCAACCUGAGAGAUUAAUGUUUCCUUUUACUAUCUCCACUUCCGGGGGAAUCAAUGGGAGAACUUACGCUUUGUGUACCGCUGAGGAAUGGAAAGAAAAGAUUGAAGGAGCCAAAACUCUUAGGAAGUUUGAUAUUGAAGGCAACCGGACUUUCGCGGUACAUACCAUCACUAUUCCUCUGGAGAUUAGAGAUUCUAUCAUGGCCGCGGAUACUUUCUCAUGGCAUAAUCGCGAGACAGUCGCGAUAGCGACAAGUAAGAGCGUCUGGCUCGGAUGGAGGAGAGAUUCCAAGACCUUUCGCGAACUGAUCAGAUACAAUUCUGGCCAUAUCAGCAUGGUUGCGGUCAUCCCUGAUUUCGGCUGGCUACUAAUCUUGACCUCUGGAUCAUUACUGGCGUAUAAUCUGAGAGAGAUGAUACCUACUUCCAAUCCCGAAACAUGGGUUUUCCAAGGUCGAAUGCAAGGAGAAAGGUUGAGUGCUCCAGAGCAUACCGUCGCUUUUGUCAGAAUUGGAGUGACUAAAGGUCGUUUGUUGGUGGUUUAUGCUGUUCAUUCAAAAAAUUCGCAUCAGACAAACCUUUAUUUCCAUGAGCCGUUGAUCAACUCAACGUCCUAUGCCUCACCAUCUUUCAGACCGUUCGGUACUAUUAUCGUACCAGGAUACGCAUCUGAUUUAUCAUUUUUCAGACAAACCGUCUCUGUCAUCACGGAGAAAACAUUCAUUGUAGCUGAACCUGGAAAUCCAACUUUUAACCCGAUUCCGACUUUCCCAGUCGGUAUACCUGAAAGAGCAACGGUAGUGAGAAUGGUCAGUCAAGCUAAACCAUUGGGAAUGUGGCAAGUUGAACAAGGUGAAUUCUUGCUGGUUUAUGAAUGGGGUGCAUGUUGGGUAUCAAAAUUUGGAGAAGUAUCAAGAAAAGGAUCUUUCUUGAGAUGGAACUUGACACCCUCAUAUGCGAUUUUCAAACAACCUUACUUGAUGUUAUUCGAAGAAUCGUCAGGCCGAGCUGAAGUGAGAGAUGUCACUACUGGAAGAGUAUGUGAAGUGAUCGACGAAAAGGGAAUGAAGAUCUUCACUCUGAGCAGGAUCAAUCAAGGUGUCGUAGCUAGAGCGAGUAGGGGGUUAAUUGAAAUUGUAGAGACUGUCCCAUUAUAA